AUGACAAACCCCAUGAAUAAAUGGAAAUUGGAUUUUGGAGGCAGCCGCGCCCUUUCACGAGUUUAUGACACAACUCUGAAUCCUCCAGGAUUCAAUCAGUCAGUUUCACAGACUUCUCAUCAUAGCGAACAUGCUGGUGCCAAUACUCAGAAUCAGCACCAUUUGAUGUCAAAGAGGGCGUGGGAUCUCGCUUUGCAACCCAUCAAGAGCGUUCCGAUGAACAUGAUGUAAGUUGUUUGUAAAUAUCUUUUACGUCAAUUUAGUAUGAUGUAUAUGGCUGGGAACACAAUUAGUAUCUUCCCGAUCAUGAUGGUUGUUAUGAUGGCGUGGCGGCCGAUGAGAGCUAUUAUGGCGAUUGGACAAGCCUUCAAGUCGAUUGAUGUGAGUUGUGGCCAUUGUUGGAUAAUUAUAAUAAUUGUUAGGCUGAGUACCCUGGCUCUUUGAUUGUUCACAAGAUGAUCUUUGCCCUGGGAAACAUGGCUGCAAUAGCUCUGGCGGUAUAUAAAUGUCAUACGAUGGGUCUUCUUCCGAAUCACGCAUCAGAUUGGCUAGACUUUGUUCCUCCUGCUGAGAGAAUGCAAAAUGUUUUGUUUGGGGAUACCUUUGUCUAA